AUAAUUCAGAGUACUACUUGGUGCAAACGACUCAAUGCUUCGUUAAUAACUAGCUUAGCCACAUACAAACUCAAAUUAAAAUCGAUGGUGAAGAUGAAUAAUCCCUCAAUUAUGAUAUUCAUGGUUAUAAUAACAAAUAUGUUGGGUGGUGGAAUGACACAAAUUAAGAAUGAGAGUAGUGUUGUUGUCAAAGUUGGAGCUGUACUUGAUGUUAGCAACGGAACAUUUGGGAAGAUAGGAUUGAGCUGCAUCAACAUGGCUCUCUCAGAUUUUUAUGACUCUAAUUCUCAUCACAAAACCAGAAUCCAAAUCAUCGUCAGAGAUUCAUAUAUGGACGUUGUUACUGCCGCCGCACACGCUUGGGAUCUCAUAAAAAAUGAGGAAGUGCAAGCCAUCAUGGGACCAAGAUCAACAAUGGAAGCAAAUUUUGUGAUUCAACUAGGAGACAAAGAACAAAUCCCCAUUGUAACUUUUUCAGCAACAAGCCCUUCACUUGCAUCACUUCAAAGUCCAUACUUUUUCCAAAUAUCACAAACCGAUUCAGCUCAAGUAAAAGUCAUCACCACAAUUAUCCAAGCUUUUGGUUGGAAACAAGUUGUCCCCAUUUACAUAGACAAUAGUUUUGGUGAGGGACUCGUAUCUGUUCUUCAACAAGCUUAUAUCCACGUUCCCUAUCUAAGUGCAAUUUCUCUUUCAGCCACAGAGGAUGAUAUAACUCGAGAGCUUUAUAAAAUAAUGACUACUAUAUCCACUAGAGUAUUUAUUGUUCACAUGUCCCCAAAUCUUGGGUCUAAACUUUUUACCUUAGCAAAACAAAUAGGGAUGAUGAGUCAAGGCUAUGUUUGGAUAGUAACCGAUAGUAUGACUAAUUUAUUCAAUUCAUUGGAUUUUAAUGUGAGGGAAUCAAUGGAAGGAGUAUUGGGUGUUAGGACUUAUAUUCCAAAAACAAAUAAGCUAGAUGAUUUUGGAGUUAGAUGGAAAAGAAAAUUCAUAAGGGACAAUCCAACACUUGUUGACAUAAAUUUGAACAUUUUUGGAAUAUGGGCUUAUGAUGCUACAAUUGCAUUAGCAAUGGCUAUUGAGAAAGUUGGAAUUGGAAACACAAAAUUUGGCUACAAAUUGAGUGAAGCUUUGUCAAACACUAGAUUUAAUGGUCUUAGUGGUGAUUUCAAAGUUGUUGAUGGGAAGUUACAAACACCAAUAUUUGAGAUAAUUAAUGUGAUUGGUCAUGGAGAAAAGAGGGUUGGAUUUUGGACACCAUAUAAAGGGUUGACUAAAAAUUUGGACAAACACGACAUGAGCAAUAAUAACAUAUAUUCUAGUUCUAAAAAUGAUAUUGGAUCAAUCAUAUGGCCAGGGUAUUUGUACUCUAUUCCAAAGGGAUGGGAAAUUCCUACUAUUGGGAAGAAGUUGAAGAUAGGUGUUCCAAUUAAAAGUGGAGAUAAUAACUACACUGAAUUCUUGAAAGUAACAUAUGAUCAUAGUACCAAUACAACACAAGCCACUGGCUUCUGCAUUGAUGUCUUCCUAGCUGUGUUGAAAAUUUUGCCUUAUGACUUGCCACAUGAAUUUGUUCCAUAUGCAAACCAUGAGGGUCAAAUGGCAGGAACAUACGAUGACUUGAUCUCUCAACUUUAUCAUGGGACGUAUGAUGCAGUAGUGGGGGAUGUAACAAUCAUUGCAAACAGAUCCAACAAAGUUGAUUUCACAAUGCCAUACACAGAAUCUGGCGUGACAAUGGUUGUUUCAAUGAAAGACAGCAGGAAGAAAAAUGCAUGGGCUUUUUUGAAGCCAUUGACAUGGGAUCUUUGGGUAACAUCAGGUUGUUCAUUUGUAUUCAUUGGAUUUGUUGUAUGGGUUCUUGAACAUCGAAUAAACAACGACUUUAGAGGACCACCCUCUCAUCAGAUUGGUACAAGCUUAUGGUUUUCCUUUUCAACUAUGGUCUAUGCUCACAGAGAGAAAUUAGUGAGCAACUUGAGUAGAUUUGUGGUGGUUGUAUGGAUUUUUGUGGUUCUAAUUCUAGUUCAAAGUUACACUGCAAGCUUGACUUCACUCUUAACAGUUGAACAACUCAGUCCAACUAUUACCGAUGUUAAGCAACUUCUAAAGAAUAAGAUGAAUGUUGGCUAUAUCAAAGGUUCUUUUGUUCAUGGAAUUUUGAAGGACUUGGGUUUCUCAGAUUCUCAGCUCAAGACUUAUCAAUCACCUGAAGAAUGUCAUGAGCUUUUCAUAAAAGGAAGUUUAAAUGGUGGCAUUGAUGCUGCUUUUGAUGAAGUUCCCUAUGUUAAGCACUUUCUUGGAACUUUUAGUUGCUCAAAGUAUGUCAUGGUUGAACCAAGAUAUAAAACCGGUGGUUUUGGCUAUGCUUUUCCAAAAGGUUCACCUCUUGUGGCUGACAUUUCAAAGGCAAUCCUAAAUGUGACUCAAGGAGACAAAAUGAAAACAAUUGAGAAUGCAUGGUUCAAGGAAGCUAUUUGUCUAGAUUCCAAUACAGAAAUUUCCUCUAAUAACAAUCUUGGACUUGAAAGCUUUUGGGGACUGUUUCUCAUUGCAGGGAUUGCUUCCCUAUUAGCACUCCUAAUCUUUGUGGUAACAUUUCUAUAUCAGCACAAACAUAUUUUGUUAAAUAAUGAUCCAAGUACUUCAAUAUGGCAACGAGUAUGCAUCUUGGUAAGGAUAUUUGAUCAAAGAGACUUGGACUCUCACACAUUCAAGAAAAGUGAAAAUAAAAUUGAAAGCAUUAAUACUCAUCAUGAUGACGAUUUAGGUGCAAUUGAGGCUUCUCCAGGUACACAUUGUCCUCCUAGUCCAUCUAGUCAAACUGAAUCAAAUGUUUCAGUUUAUGGCGAUUUUAGUCAAAACACAGAAAUGGAUGUGGUGCAAAUUACUAAUAAAGAAGUUGCUCCUGUGAACAACCGUGAAAUUAACUCCCAAGCAACAUGACCUCAUCUACAAUUGUAACAUCCAUCCAAGUGCAUAUAAUUGUAUAGCUUAAAGAUUAAUUUUAUGUCUCAGUUGUGAUUAUAGCUCAUCAACAAAGAUAUAGAUAUUGGCCCUCUCUUUGGUACUGUAUAUAUCAAAUGAUAUUAAUAGAAGCAGUUACUUUUAUAUGACUCAAAAAAUUACUGGAUCAUAAAUUAUGCUAUCAUCAUAUGAGUGUAAAUGUGAUGCAUAUCAAAUGAGUUAAAGAAAAUAUCCUUCUAACUGUGUCAUCAAA